GCGCCGCGUUUGACCCUGUAAUUUCUCACAAGAAACACACUGGCCUCACUGCCUCAGGAGAGUUUUAAGGCUGAAGUUUUACUGCCAAAUUAGAAAUUAGAAUUAAGAACCAACAAAAACUCACCUGCACCCAAAAUAAGUCGAGACAAAUGAAUUGAGGGCCUAUCUACACCCCAUCAACCCCAUCAAAUACCGAUAUUACCCUAAUCAGUCUCGACCGGAAUCUCUAAUCUAUCGUCUAUCGUCCGCCGGUCUAGAUAAGACAACCGUUAUCAAUUGUCAUCUAGAACACUCCGAAUCCGACGCCGUGUCCUUUAUCCGGUUUUCCCGAACCCUCGCCCUCGCCAUCGCCAUCACCACGUCUCUACCUGUGUUUAGUCUACGAUCAAGACAAAUUUCCGCAUUCGAGCCAUCAUUUUCAAGUUUCUAUACUUUUCUACUACACCAGCUGCCGCGACCGAAUUCAUUCGCGUACAACAAACCCGCCUUCAUCCACGUGAAGAGCGUAAAAUAGCACCUCUUACAAUUUAUCUACCCAGCCGUCCCGGCAACGUGUCAGGAUGGCCGUCACAUCUAUACAAGACCGCACGGCCGAGUUCCGGUCUGUGCUCACCCAAGUUCAAAAACGGCAAGCCUCUUCUAAGGUCGGCGCGCAGAGGAGAUCGCUCUUAACGGACUCGCAAAAAGCAGCUGCCAAUGGCGACGCGCAACCGCACCGGAGGUCGGAAUUUGCUAGGCGCGCCGCUGAGAUAGGGCGCGGGAUCGCUGCUACGAUGGGCAAAUUAGAGAAGCUGGCGCAGUUGGCGAAACGCAAGACAUUAUUCGAUGACCGACCUGUCGAGAUUAAUGAACUCACUUUUAUAAUAAAACAGGACUUAUCUUCCCUAAACCAGCAGAUUAGCGGACUACAGUUGCUAACGCGGCAGCAACACCCUAAGGCAGAUCAGGAGGGCGAGCAUAAUAAGAACAUCGUAUUAAUGCUACAAGGCAAACUUAGCGACGUUGGCGCCAACUUCAAGGAUGUCCUCGAGGUACGCACCAAAAAUAUACAGGCGUCGCGGUCGCGCACCGAGAACUUUAUAUCCUCCGUAUCGCAACACGCGCAAUCGUCAUCUCUCCAGCAAUCUGCAAGUCCCUUGUACGGAACACCGAAUCGUGGCACGCCGUCGCCCGGCGCAGACUUAUUGACACUAAACCCACCAUCCGCGAUAGGCGACCAACAGCUGCUCAUGAUGGAGGAGGCGACACCACAGAACUCAUAUAUCCAGCAGCGAGGCGAAGCCAUCGAGGCUAUCGAGAAGACCAUCAGCGAGCUGGGGUCAAUUUUUGGGCAGCUGGCGCAGAUGGUAUCGGAGCAAAGCGAGAUGAUUCAGCGCAUCGACGCCAACACCGAGGAUGUUGUCGAUAAUGUUCAAGGCGCCCAGCGUGAAUUGCUCAAGUACUGGUCUCGUGUAUCGAGCAAUCGGUGGUUGAUAGCCAAGAUGUUUGGCGUGUUGAUGAUAUUCUUCCUCUUAUGGGUUCUUAUUGCCGGUUAGGAAAAACCACACGAGGCCAUGCGAGACACGAGAGAUGAGAGACUCCUUAGUAGAGGCGCUGGUGUACUACUACUAUCUUCACUUUGUACAUUAUUACGCCGCCUGCCCCCUGGUCCGGGGAUGGUGAGCAGUUGGGCUACACUUAGUAGAUUUGUAAUGGCGUCCAUGGCGACGACUUGUUUGAUGCAUGCAUAGGUAGUAUAUCCACCGGACCAAAGAGACGUUGUUUUGGUUUUUGUAGGAUUCUAAAUCCGAAUAGCUACGAGUACGGUCUUGGCCACUUUAUGAUAUUUGGUGUAUGACCGCGACUUCUGGUCUAGGUUUCUGGCACCUGGAUUGGGCUUUGACGGACUGGGUCGGUUUUGGGUUAUGCGCUGGGUGGAAGUGAUGAGUAGCACAUUCUGAUAUCAUAAUAUAUUAUAAUUGUUGUUAUGUUGUGAGGUCUACAGGGAUACGAGAAUACUCGGCCUUGAAUCCAGCCGAGGUUUGAUCUGAAGACCAAAU